CCGGAGCACGUGACCGCAGACCGGAAGUAAAUAAAGCUCUUUCCCGCGCAGUAAAACGCUUCAGAUAAUUUGUCACCAUGGACGAGCUUUAUCUGGAUAAUAUCGAUGAAUUUGUGAACGAUGACAACAAGAUAGUGACCUAUAAAUGGCUGAGUCUCACUCUGGGGGUCCACGUCAACACGGCUAAACAAAUGCUCUUCCAUUACUUGGACCACAAGAGGAAGGAAAGCGCAGCUCAACUUCACGCCACGUAUCUUGUGUCUGGAAAGUUUAUGGAAAAUGGUCAAGCGAGCCAUAAAGUGUCGGUGGUCAGAGAGGAGCAGUUGGAAGGUGUGUGCACGUGAUGCAGCGGCGUCGCUUUGGGUUUGGUUCUCCAUGCAACAAAAAACACUUCUUUUUUUUUAAUUGUGACCAUAUCUAAUCAGAAUUACA